CCGAACGCAGUCCACGUUGGAGACUCUACUCGUGUUCCUAAUUAGCGAGCUUGGAAAACUGCUCGCUUAGCUCUGCGGCUUGCACGGCCAGACUGCCUGAAGGGCGUACCGGAUGGCUGAGGUACAAGAACCAUAAAUUGCUGUGACUAUGAAGAGAAUGCCUCAUUUUAUCGUUUUUACUUAGAGAAAAAUGAUAGAGAAAAAUCACACUUGUUCUGAAGGGCAGGAUUCUGUGCCCUAUAUAAUUUGUCUGGUUCACCUAUUGGAAGGAUGGAUUGAUGUUCAACAAUUAGAGGAUUAUUUAAAUUUUGUUAACUAUCUUCUGUGGGUAUUUACUCCACUAAUAGUCUUGAUACUCCCUUACUUUACCAUUUUUCUUCUUUAUCUUACUAUUAUUUUCUUACAUAUUUACAAGAGGAAGAAUGUAUUAAAGGAAGCCUAUUCCCAUAAUUUAUGGGAUGGUGCAAGAAAAACUGUAGCAACAGUAUGGGAUGGACAUGCAGCAGUAUGGCAUGGUUAUGAAGUUCAUGGGAUAGAAAAAAUACCAGAAGAAGGACCAGCACUUAUUAUUUUUUACCAUGGAGCCAUUCCUAUAGAUUAUUACUAUUUUAUGGCUAGAAUCUUUAUCCAUACAGGCAGAACCUGCCGAGUAGUAGCUGAUCAUUUUGUUUUUAAAAUCCCAGGGUUUAGUCUGUUGCUUGAUGUGUUUUGUGCUCUACAUGGACCAAGGGAAAAAUGUGUUGAAGUACUGAAGAGUGGCCAUUUGUUAGCUAUUUCACCAGGUGGAGUUCGAGAAGCUCUUCUUAGUGAUGAGACCUACAGCAUAAUUUGGGGAGAUCGUAAAGGCUUUGCCCAGGUUGCUAUAGAUGCAAAAGUGCCCAUCAUUCCUAUGUUUACACAAAAUAUUCGAGAAGGAUUUAGAUCACUUGGAGGAACAAGUUUAUUCAGAUGGCUUUAUGAAAAAUUCCGAUACCCAUUUGCCCCUAUUUAUGGAGGUUUUCCAGUCAAAUUACGUACAUAUUUAGGUGAUCCUAUCCCAUAUGAUCCAAUGGUAACAGCAGAAGAACUAGCUGAAAAGACAAAGAAUGCAGUUCAAGAGCUAAUAGACAGACACCAAAGAAUACCAGGAAACAUCAUGAGUGCUCUGUUGGAACGUUUUCAUAGAAAACAAGAAGUCAACUAGAAUUUUAAAAAUAUAUUAAUAUGGGUUUGAAUCCAUCAUAUUAUAUGCUAAAUUUUUAAAUUGUUGUAGUUUUUAUUGUUUUAAAAAUCAUGUUAAAAACUAUUUUCACAAAACCUAUUUGUUAAAAAUUGUGUUGUUUUUAAUCUUAUUUUGCAUUGAGAAGUGUUGAGUUCAUACUGUAAGUAGCUGAUCAGAUGACCAAUAAUUCAGAACAUAAUAAUACUGAUUAUUUAUAAAUCUCUAAUGAGGCAUUGAAAAAUACAUAGAUUAGAAUUAGGCUUCUGAGUAAUAUUGAAUUUGAUAAAAUGAACAUUCCUAAGUUAUGUGUAUAAUUUCCACAUUUUUAUUGCAUUCACCUAAUUUUGAGAGGCAGUAAAAGUCUUGAUCUAAAUACAGGUACUGAAGUUAUAGACAUAAUAUUUUUUUUUUUAUCUCCCUCUGAUUCACUAUGUGACUUUGGACAAGUCCUUAAUUUUUCAGUGCCUCAGCUUUUCCAUUUUUAAGAUUGGCAUAGUCCUUUUUCUAUAUAAGAUAAAGUGAGAAAAAAAUGAAUUCUUCUGAAGUGCUGUAUUUGUGUUCUGUAAUUACUGUAGAACAUAAAAUAAAUUAGCUUAUUCAUUCCUCUGUAUUUAACAACUGAUCCUUAGUUUAAUUAUAAAUAUUUAAAAUAAUUUCUGUAAGCAUAAAAUCCAAGUUGCCAAUCAAAAACUUUAAAAAUACAGUGAUGUUCUUUAAAUAAAUGAAAAAGAAACUGGGAAAUCUUAAGCUUUUUCUAAAUAUUGCCUUUUAGUAUUUAUUAUAUUUCUUUUAAAAGUCACAGAAACACACAAGCAUAUGUUGUGUUAUAUACUAGGUCAACCCUGUAACAGGGUAUUUAAUAGCAUAAUAGUAAAAUUACAGUCAGGUGCAACAUUUUAUAAAUUUAGAGGUCUGUUUUAAAUAAGUAAAGAUAGAGCUAACAAUAUCUGUCUUUUUGCACAGUUAUAGGGCUUGCUCGUUUUUAAUAUUUAGCAAUAAAAUGCUUUAUAGUUUGAACAGAAUAUACUUGAAUAAUCAAUGCACUCCAAAAAAAAAAAAAAAUCAGCGUUUAGAUUUGUGGUCUCCGUAAAAACUUAAUUUAAAAAGUAUUCAAACAAAAGUAUAAAAAAUCAAGUGCAGUAUCAUUUCUUUUAGAUGCUAAUUGUACUUCCAAUUUGUAUAGAUUUUAUAUACAAGUCUAUAUUUAUGGCCUAUGUAUUGUAUAUAAAAAGAAACCAACUUAAAAAUAAAGUUGAAAUUCCAACAAGU